AUGAUUGACCAACGCAUCUUUGAGGAUCUGCAAACGAAGAUCGACGAGGAGACCACCGUCCGCGACCUUCACGAGAUCGUUCAGACCCUGGCCAGAAAAGUCAAGCCCGUGCUCGACGAUGCUGCAGUCGAGAUCAUCGCCCAGAAGCAGGAGGUCCUCCGCCUGAAGGCCGUGGCGGACCAACACCCAUUCUACAAGUACAAUGGGCUGUGGACUCGCGAGCUGCAGAAUCUGGUUGCCUCCAUCGAGCUGUGUGCUUGGCUCGGAGGCCUGCAGGAAUAUAAGGGUCCUAGCUCGGCUUCGUUCAUGACCAUCGAAGACGUGGGCAAGUUCCUGGAAAUCCCUGUCAACUUGAAGGAGCAGGAUGCGUUCCACCUCACAAUUGAGGAGUACCUCCUGGCUUUGAUUGCGCUUGUCGAGGAGCUGGUGAGUAUCGUUCUUUCGGAUCGUCCCCGCUCUCCUGUUAAGAUUACUGACGAUGUCGAACAGUCGCGUCUGGCCGUCAAUUCGGUUACCCUUGGUGACUAUGAACGCCCUCUCCAGAUUGGCAACUUCAUCAAGGAUCUCUUCGCUGGAUUCCAGCUUCUCAAUUUGAAAAAUGAUAUUCUCCGGAAGCGGAGCGACGGAAUCAAGUAUAACGUCAAGAAGGUGGAGGAUGUGGUCUACGAUCUUUCGCUGCGAGGUCUGAUCCCAAAGAGUGAGACUGCUGCUUGA